AUUACUGCUAGAACACAAGUCCUAUUUGGGUUCCUCGAAACAAAACCACCGCAGGUGAGAGCCUCCUCACUCUCGCCACUCCGCAAAUCCGAAGAGAGAGAGAGAGAGAGAGACGAUGAUGCAGUGGAUAAAUGCGGUGGAGGUGGUGAGAAUGGGGACGAGGGGGAUGUCGACGACGGUGGGGGCGGAAUCGGGAGGGAUAGAGUUCGGAUCGGUCAUGUUUUUCGUGUACGCCGGAUUAUCGUGCGUGCUCGUCCUCUUCGCCGGAAUUAUGUCCGGACUAACCCUAGGCCUCAUGUCUCUCGGCCUCGUCGAGCUCGAGAUCCUCCAGCGCAGCGGCACCGCCACCGAGAAGAAGCAAGCAGCUGCUAUCCUUCCAGUUGUCCAGAAGCAACACCAGCUUCUUGUGACUUUGCUCCUGUGUAAUGCAUGCGCUAUGGAGGCCCUUCCCAUAUACCUUGAUAAGCUUUUCAAUCAGUAUGUUGCUAUUGUGCUCUCUGUGACUUUUGUCCUAGCUUUUGGAGAGGUUAUUCCCCAAGCAAUAUGCACCAGAUAUGGACUUGCUGUAGGUGCAAAUUUUGUUUGGCUCGUGCGCAUUUUGAUGAUAAUUUGCUAUCCUAUUGCUUAUCCUAUUGGAAAGAUUCUAGAUUGUGUAUUGGGACAUAAUGAUGCACUAUUUAGACGAGCUCAGCUGAAAGCUCUGGUCUCCAUCCACAGCCAGGAGGCUGGUAAGGGUGGCGAGCUCACACAUGAUGAGACAACGAUUAUAAGUGGAGCACUGGAUUUAACCGAGAAGACUGCUGAGGAGGCUAUGACACCCAUUGAGUCGACAUUUUCCUUGGACGUCAACUCAAAACUGGACUGGGAAGCAAUGGGAAAGAUACUUGCCCGAGGUCAUAGUCGAGUGCCUGUUUAUUCUGGCAAUCCAAAAAAUAUUAUUGGACUUUUACUGAUAAAAAGUCUUCUUACAGUAAGACCAGAAACAGAAACCCCUGUUAGUGCUGUUUCCAUUAGAAGAAUUCCACGGGUUCCUGCUGACAUGCCUUUAUAUGACAUAUUGAAUGAAUUUCAAAAGGGUAGCAGUCAUAUGGCAGCUGUAGUGAGGACUAAAGGAAAAAACAAAAUCACCCCGGCUGGUGUUGGUGAGGAAAAAACUGAAGACGACAAAUUUGCCAGUGGGGAGUCUCAACUAACUACUGCUUUGCUAUUGAAGCAAGAUGAGAAGCCCGAAAAUUUUGUUAUUGAUAUGGAGAAGUCUUCAAGGCCAUCUACCAAUACCAGGCACACCUCUUCUCAACACGUUGAUACAAUAAAUGGAUUGCCUCAGUUGUCGGACGAUAUCGAAGAUGGUGAAGUCGUCGGGAUCAUCACCUUGGAAGAUGUAUUUGAAGAACUUCUGCAGGAGGAGAUUGUAGAUGAGACUGAUGAGUUUGUUGAUGUACAUAAGAGGAUACGUGUGGCUGCAGCUGCAGCUGCUUCAUCAAUGGCACGUGCCCCAUCUCUUCGAAGGUUAACUGGCCAUAAGGGAGCGGGAGGCCAUACUAAGCAAGGACAAACACCAAAGAAGUCGGCAGAGGAAGACUCAACAAGGUUGUAAAGAGAAUGAUGUGAGCCUUCAUGCAAAGGUGCGAUGAAUAUGCCAUUUUGUUCAAUUCAUGCCAUUUUGUUCGAUUCGUUGUGUUGGUCUCGACGAUCUUGCGGAGGGAGAUAUUGGUUUGGUGGGAGAAAAGAAAAAUAAGUCCUGUUUUGCUUAUUGUAAAUUUUGGAACCUCUGGCAAAUUAUCUAUGAAAAUAUCAUGAUAUAUAACUGAUGUCGUUACCAAA